AUGAGAAAUGGUGUUCUUGAAGAUGUUCUUAAUAUAAUGAAAUUGAAUGGAGAUGGCUUGCAGGACUAUCAAAAAUUAACAGUUUUAAUGUUUGAUGAAGUUAAAAUUUCAACUACCAUGGAAUAUGAUGUUCUUCGAGAUGAAGUUGUGGGCCCUCAUUCUCAAAUACAAGUGGUUAUGGCAAGAGGCGUGGCGUCAUCAUGGAAACAACCUAUUUACAUAGACUUUGAUAAAAAAAUGACUAAAGAGAUUCUUUUUAAUAUUAUUGAAAAGCUUGAUAAAAUUGGUUUUAAAACAAUUUGCUGUGUAAGUGACUGUGGUGGAGGUAAUGUUGGUUUGUGGAGAGCCUUGGACAUUUCUUAUGAAAAUCCUGUAUUUUCUAUUCCAAAUGGAAGAUAA